UAUGUAGAAGCCAUGAUGCAAAUCAACAAAUUGGCGAAUCGUAAAUCGAUUCGUAAUUCAUACUCUUCAAUCGUUAAUUUUUUGUGGUUUCUCACGUGUAUCUGUUUUUUCAUGUAGUUACGAAACGAUUAUCGAUUUUCAUUUGAAGCACGUUAGUACACAUAUAAGGGAAUAACAAAAAACAGCUGAACUUAGAGAUAUUUUUAACAAUCUGACGAAAGUUCCGGAAAGUGGUUCGUCGAGUAACCGAAUUUUUUUGCAAGAAACAUCGUAUUUACUUUGCUGAGAGAAUACGUAUAAUCACGAAUUAUAUUUUGUUUUAAUAUGACUGAGGAACAUCAGUUACCUUCUGAUUCUGAUGAAGACGACGAAGAUUAUGUUCCUGAUGGUGCUGACAGUGAGCCUGUUUCAGAAGUAGAGUCAGAAGGUGAUGCAGAAAGUGGCCCCGAGGAUGAGAAUGAUGAAAACAAGAGGGAAACUACAAAGAAACAACGAAAAAAGGGAAAUAGAGGUACAAAGUCUAAUGUUAGGAAACAUAAAAGACCAGGAAAAAAUGUGAGAGCUGAUAGUGAUGAGAAAGAGAAAGUGGAAACGGAGGAAUCCAAGGAAAAGAAGAAACUUACCGAAGAAGAGGAGAAGAAGAAAGCUGAUUCACUUUGGGCAGAUUUUAUGAAAGAUACAGCAACUGUACCCAAAUCUACAUCUCAAAAUACAGCAAACAAGGCAAACAAAGCAAAAGAAAAAUCUCCGCCCUUAGAAAAGCCAAAAGUAGGAGAGAAAGUGAAGAUAACUAAAGUCUUUGAGUUUGCUGGAGAGGAAGUGAAGGUUGAGAAAGAAGUAUCGAUAGAUUCAGCUGAAGCUAGAUUGUCUCUUUCUUCGGCAGAGAAUUCUGAUAAGACUGGGAAUUCUGCUUCACCUGCUGGAAGAGGUUCUGGGAGGGGAAGAGGUUUCAAACGAACUGGUUUAGGAGGUAUCUCUUCAGUUCUUGGUCAAAUAGGGAAAAAAGCAAAAAUCAGUACCUUAGAGAAGUCGAAGCUGGACUGGGACAGUUACAAAAAGGAGGAAAACUUGGAGGAAGAGAUCAGCACUCAUAACAAAGGCAAAGAUGGUUAUUUGGAGCGCCAAGAUUUCUUGCAGAGAGCAGAUCUACGGCAGUUUGAAAUUGAGAAACAAUUACGCAAUGCCAACAGACGCAGCACACGGUGAAUUUAUGCCGUAUCUUGUGUGCAUGUCUCUUCCUUACUGGAAAGAUGGAAAUUCAUUGUUGGUGGCGUAUAAAGCGAAUUAAUGUUGGAGUAUCAUGUUUCUCGCCGAUCUACGCAAGUUUAUCGAGUUAGCUAAAGUUUCAGACAAUAUUCUCAAGUAGUAUCGGUAGCUAUCUGCUGAUUCACUGAAGUGGCAUGGGAAUGAGGAUCCUAGAGAACGCAAGGUUGGAAAGUAAUUGUUACUUCAAGAGACGAUGCUUUUCAGAAAGUUUACGACAAAGACGGCAAUUUAUUGCAUUUAUUCUCCUCUCACCAUAUCUUGCGAGUUGGGGACAUCGAUGUCGAACACUCCACGGUUACUGUUGCUGCUUGACAUUUCUUACUGCAAAUGACGUAAAAACUUUUAAACCUGAACCGGAGAUUUGUAAUCCUCGGACUGCGAUUAUCGGGUCAUUUUAACUCAAUUUUGAUUAAUAACUCAAUUCGUGCUAAUGAAAUUAAAUAAGUUGCUAUUACACUAGAGAAAGAACAGAAAGACUACAAAGACUCUACAAGAAGUAUCUUCAAAAAUAUGUCUUGAAAAAUUAAUGAAUAAAGCUGAUAAUGGUUAUAAAUAUUGCCAAUUGUAUUUAAUUAUAAUUAUAUUUAAAAUUUGUGAUUAUACUACACAUGAAGCUAGGUAGAUUUUACACAAAUCUUGUAGAUUUUUAACCCUUUCUGGCGGGUAACCACUUUUGAGACAAACCACUAAUCAGAAAUUGACAUCUGAUUAAACUGUAAUUAAUAUACUUAAAAUGACUAUCAAUAGGAAGAAAAAUUCUACAAAAAUUUUACAUUGUGGCUGCCACAAUUAUUUAUCAUAAUAGAAAAGAAUAGUUAAGAUCGUUCUGUAACGAAGUGAUGCUAAAGUAUGGAGCUUUUAUCGUUAAUAUUAUAAAAGCCAAUACUUUUUGCAAAUUUUUACAUCAGUAUCUAGUCCAGUUGCAUUCUGACGUCUCCCAACAGCACCAAUGGUAGAAACUGUUUUUGACUUUCUUGAUUUGCCUUUUUGUGGGUCGCUAUGAUUACAUAGUAAUUAUCAUUGAUAUUUCAUGAGCAUUGUUUCAAUCCUUUUUACGUACCUCACAGGGGCAUGUCUAUUUGCUGGACAAAUGGGAUCUUUACAUUUCUUCGGCAUUUUCUGUUAGUUCGCACAGGGAAACGUUAUUUGUUUGAGUAAUUGAAAGGAUAUGUUUUAUUUUGAAUUGGGAAAGUUGAUCGCAUCUUUGCGUUGAUUUUUCAUUAACCUCUAUGUAUCACGAUGGCUAAAAUAUAUCUCAACAUUUUCUUUUUUCUUUCUGAGUUUACGUAGAUACAUUUUUCCCCGACCAUUCACAUAUUUUAAUGUCUGCUAUUGUCCAUUGUAAAUAAUCCGUGAUCGUCUAAUCGUUUAGAUUGCAUUUUCACGAGUAAAUUUCUAACCUACUGUUACAUUGACAGGCAAGAUCGAGUUUUCCGAAGAAUUUCAGUUCAAUCGUUGAAAGAGCGUGCAAUCAUAUCUCGUUUACGUGACACAUUUGCGCUAACAGUGCUCAUACCUGGAACGAACGUAUGUCAACAAAAUUAUCACGAAAUGUCGGCGUGAUCUAAUCAACCGAUUAAAUUUUUUUCUCUAUUUUGAUAUUCGAAAAAAAAAUUAUAAAUAGAUACCAACAACGUGUAAACAAUUCGAGCAAUUUCUAUAAUUGCCGAUAAAACUUUUUUUGAUAAAAGAAAUCUGUUUCUAUUGAUAUAGAUCCGAUUUAUCUUGCGCAGAUUCCUGUUACUUCGCAUUUAUAAGGAUAUUUUAAAAAAUGUGAGAUACGUUCAUUUUCAUUUCGUUCAUCUGGACACUUUUUGGAAAUUAACAAAACAUUCCACAGAUAUUAAUCUUUUUGUUGGUUUAUUAUUAUAGACUAUGGACGCAAGGCAUGUUAAACUUAUACUUUCAUUUGAAUGAAAAAAAGAAAAUUAUUCAAUGUAAAGUACAUUUAAUAUACGUGCAAUUUUAUCGUUAAUGUGAGAUUACACGUAAUCUAAUGCAUGAGACAACACAACCAUCGCUUUUACGAAAUGAUAUUAUCAAAAUCGUGGUAACGAAACAUGAGGAAAAAUAUUAAAGAUCAAUGAAUGUGAGAAUUGAAUGGAAUAGUCUGAAAUUGUGAGACGCGCGAAUUGAGUAGAAAAAUUUAAACAAAUGUUAGACAACUGAAGGAAUAAUUGUAAGGAUAGUUAAAACGAACUUAGAAAGAAAUUGAGGUAUACAAGUAUAAUGAAAAGAAUCAAGAAGAAACCGAUCUAGCAAUAUAACUUUUAUUAAGAUAUAAGUAUAUGCGAAAGAAAAGAGAAUUAAAUUAAUUAUAUUUUAAAAGCAAUAAAUACGUGUGAAAAAUAUGGACUGGUAUAUUGAUACGAAAUAGCGUUAUUUUUAAGAAUUAAAUAAAUACCUGUUAUCCAGUU